GAAAAACCUAAGCUUCAUAUUCUGAUCUAUGAGAAUAUGAAGCUCCGGACUUCAAUUUUACCCAUCUUCUUCUUUUCCCUUAUAACCUUGGGUUCUGCACAAGAAGUCUGCUUCAAUGGCUUCUUUAAACCCAACUCUACUUACGACUUAAACCGUCGUAUAGUCCUCUCUUCUCUUGCUUCUAAUGUCACGUCUCACAACGGCUUCUUCAACUCCUCCAUCGGUCAAAACCCAAACACUAUCUUUAUCCUUGCCAUGUGUAUCCCUGGAACUAAACCAGAGACUUGUUCAGAUUGCAUCAAAGCUGCAUCAGACAGCCUGUCACAAAGCUGUCCUAAUCAGACAGAAGCUUAUACAUGGCCAGAUUCUUGUAUGGUACGUUAUUCCAACUUUUCCUUCUAUGGAUCAUACGAUAUUGGACCAUCUCAAGAGCUGUACGAAACAGGAGAUAUCAACUCUAAUGUAACGGUAUUCGAUAGAAUCGGGGAAGACUUAAUGGAACGUACGUUAGCUGAAGCUCCUUCGAGAACUCAUGGACAUAAGUAUUAUGCAGCUGGUGGUGCUUCCUUGACAACUUCCCUAACUAUGUACGGGAUGAUGCAAUGUACACCUGAGCUUUCUCCAGGGUUUUGUGGGUAUUGUCUUAGGUCCAACCUUGAUAAUUAUAAGUUAUGUUGUCGCGAUAAACAAGGUGGUUCUAUUACAAGACCGAUGUGCUUUAUCCGGUGGGAUUUGCAUCCUUUUGCUGGAGCUUUUGAGAAUGUUACAUUGUCACCGCCUCAACCAAAAGCUUUACCUCAGCCACCUCUUUCUUUGACUACUCCAGUAAGCGAUCAGGCUAGUAAAACCGGAAAAGAUGGAAAAACAAUUUCGAUAGGAACUAUUGUGGCAGUUAUUGUCCCUAUUCUCGUUAUCUUGGUACUACUUGUUGUAGGGUUUGUUGUUUUCAAGAGAAGUAAAGCAUAUAAAACAGUUACAGUUCAAGUUGGUGAUGAGGUCAUACCAAUAAACUCAAUGAAAUUCAAAUUUAAGACGAUUGAAGCUGCCACUGAUAAGUUUUCAGACAGUAACUUGAUUGGGCAAGGUGGAUUUGGUGAAGUUUACAGGGGAAAGCUUUCAAGUGGAACUGAAGUAGCUGUGAAGAGGCUAUCGAAAACAUCUGGACAAGGCGCGAAAGAAUUCAAGAAUGAGGCUCUUCUUGGCGCAAAGCUUCAGCACAGGAACCUAGUUAGACUUCUUGGAUUUUGUGUAGAAGGAGAAGAAAAGAUACUUCUCUACGAAUUUGUACCCAACAAAAGCCUCGACUAUUUUCUAUUUGACCCUAGAAGGCAAGGUGAACUGGAUUGGACGAAACGGUGCAAUAUUAUUAAAGGGAUUGCUCGUGGGCUUCAAUAUCUUCAUUAUGAUUCACAUCCUACGAUCAUACACCGUGAUCUCAAAGCGAGUAACAUCCUCUUAGAUGCUGAUAUGAACCCCAAAAUUGCAGAUUUUGGCACCGCAAGGAGUUUUGGAGCUGACCAAAGUAAAGCCAACACAAAAACAAUCGUUGGAACAUAUGGUUAUAUGUCCCCAGAGUAUGCAAUGCGUGGACAUUUCUCUAUGAAAUCUGAUGUCUAUAGCUUUGGAAUAUUGGUUCUGGAGAUUAUAAGUGGCAAAAUGAAUAGCAGCUUCUACCAUAUUGAUGAUGCUGACAGCAAUUUGGUCAUACAUGCUUGGAGGCUUUGGAGAAAUAAGUCGCCAUUAAAACUACUGGAUACAACAAUGGGAGAGAGUUAUCAAAAUGACGAAGUUCUUAGAUGCAUCCAUAUUGCAGUGCUGUGUAUUCAAGAAGAUCCUGCAGAUCGUCCAACGUUGCCAGCAAUCAUACUGAUGCUCAUUGAUAGCAUAAGCACUUUACCUGUGCCUCGGACACCUAGAUUUUGCCUCUCAAUCAUAGGUGAUUUUUCCUCCCAAUCCACACACAAUUCUAUCAUUGAUGCCUCGAUUGGAGAUUCAGAUCUUCCUUGAAGAAUGAAGUUUUUUAGAUACUAUAACUGUAAUAAAGCUAUGGAAUUAUCAUUACCUUCUCCUGUUUCUUGCCAUUAGUCUACUUUGUGAGACAUUUAAAGAAAGACAUAUACAAUGUUUGAGAUGAUUUGUAGACAUAUACAUGAGGGUUUGAUUGGGAUGAUUUGUAGCUUUAUAUACUUUGAUCUAGAACUCUAGCUGUAAAUAUUUUUGCUGUAAGAUUUUGAUUCUGUUUUAAGAAUAUUUAAUUUUCACUUGUAAACUUUCUAAAGGCAAUAUAUA